UCUAGCUUAGGCCGCGAAUAUUUCAGCCUCCCCUCGUAAAUAUAAUACACGAUUUACCUGUUAAUUCGUCCUUCGUUCCAUCGAAACUUGUUUCAAGUGAUUUGUGAACGCACUGCUAUUUCAUUUGACGUGUAACUUUGACAUGAAACUGACACAUCGUAUUUUUAAACAUAUUAAACUUUAAAUUUUUAGUGUCUGAUUCAAUUUGAAAAAUUCAAAAGUACAUUUUAAAUGUUUCACCGUCUAUAUCUACUAGUUCUUUGUAUAUUCAACGCUUCUCCAGGUCAAAGAUGUGUGCUGAAUUCUCGGUCUCAUUUUGGAGAACCGCUGCCGGUAUUUUUAAGGAAUGGAAGACUUUUGGAGCCUGAUGAUCGAUAUGGCAACGUAGAGAUGAAUAGCGGAGACACCUUGACCCUAAGCUGUGGGGGCUCAGGCCCUAUAUCUCAUCCUAACGCCAUUCGGCAGCUCAGAACUGCUACUAUAACUUGUGAAGCUGGCGAUAACUUUAAAAAUAAUGAUUGGUUAAACGCUCCGGCUAGCUUCAGCCAAUUUCGCUGUCUGGAUCCGCCUGACUAUAUCAGCCAACGCACGAACCAAACUUGCUUUAAUGGACAUCAAAUCCAUGAAGUUGGGUAUCAGAUUGACAAUCAAUGGUAUCCGGUAUACCAGUCCUGCUUUGAUGAAGAUAUCCUCAGACCUAUCUAUUCGAAAUACACGCAGAAGCCAUAUAACGCUAUGUAUCAAACGAGAGUCGAAAGACCUUACUUUAAAGCGGAUGGUAAUUAUCGGACAAUUCCUGUGGAAUCUUUGUUCUCUCCGUGGGGUCAGAGGGCAGCUAUUGGAAACCUUGUAGGGCCCGCGAUAGACCGCUACGUUACUAGAUCCGAGGAGAUGUCUAGAGGUCAUUUAGCUGCGAAAACAGACUUCGUUUUUGCAUUCGGGGAAAGAGCUACAUUCCACUAUGUAAACUGCGCGCCUCAAUGGAAAAACUUCAACGGAGGAAACUGGAACACCUUAGAAGUUGACUUGAGAAACCACGUCCACGCAGCAGGAUACAAUACUAUAAUCUACACGGGAACUUUCGGAGUGACCAGUCUUUUUAACCAAUAUGGAGAACGAGUGGAUCUUUACCUUGCAAAUGAUCAUAACAACAAUCCAUUGAUUCCAGUCCCUCAAUAUUAUUAUAAAGUGGUUUAUGAUACGGAUUCUCGCAAGGGUAUCGCCUUUGUGGGAAUAAAUAACCCGUAUUACACUGCAAGUGAAGCUAGGGACCUGUUUUUCUGUGAAGACUUGUGUAGGGGCAACCCGGAGUUUCACUGGUUGACAUGGCGACCGGACAACCCUUCGGAGGGUUACACGUUUUGUUGUAGAGUUGAGGAUUUUCGGCGUACAGUUAAUCAUUUACCGGAAUUUGAGGUCACAGGAUUGCUAACGUGACUUAAAAAAUAUGUAUUUAACCUUUUGAAAGCCAAGAACAUCUAAAGUCGUCGUUACUAGUCGUGCCCACAGCGCCAAGGACAACUAUAGGUGUUAUGGCGGACGCUGUCAAAGUAACCUUCACUUCAUUGAGUAAGGUUUACAUUAGCUCCCUUGCGCCCGGAACCUUGGCGUGUGAGUGAUGUUGGUGCUCAUGAUAUAAAGCGUUCAGAGGGUUAGACAUGUUCGUCGUUUGCAUGUUACAAAUUCUGUAAUUUUUAUAAAUGUAUGAUUUCACUGAAUUAAAUUUCAAAUUUAGUGAGACUAA